UCUUUUUUUUGUAAAAUUAACUAGUAAUUAUAAUGGCUAAUUGUUCCUUUCAAUUUUCUGUAGCAUAUGUAUAUAAGUAAAUGAAACAGCAGAAAUGCAAUCUGAAAUUUUAUUUUCGAAAUAUAUUCAAGUUGUGCAAAAGGAGUUUGAUCAAAGAUGUUCUCCUCUUCAGAUUCAAGUAUCAUUACUAACAUUAACAGCCACUCAUAAAAAAGAAUUGCAGAUUCGUCUAACAAAUGAUGAAGAUUUAUUUUUUCUACAGUCUUUAACAGUUAAUGAAGAAGAUUUUCAAGUUUUAAAAAAUGAGCAAGGUUUGUUGAUUGAUUUUAAUUCAUUUCCAAAGAAGUUUAUUGAUUUACUUGAAUUGUGUAUUGCUGAACAAAGUAAUUCGUUGCCAAGAUUUUCAUUACAUUUAUCUAUUGGAAUAUCAUCUACUAUCUCACAAAGUUGCCUAGAAGUUGUAGAAACUAAUCCAUUUAAACAUUUAGUUCAUCUGUCAUUAAAGUUCCUACCUGCAAAAAAUGAAGAGUUAAAAGCGUAUUUAGUUGAUUGUUUAAAAAAACUUAAGGGUGAAAAUGCAUUGUUGCAAAACAAGCUAGCAUGUACUGAAAAUGAUCUUUCUCGACAUUUACUUUCUACUCAAAAGAUAAUAAAUGAACAAUCUAAGGAGAUUGACGAUUUAAGAAAAGAAACAAAUAUCAAAUUAGAAGAGGCUACCUCUUCACUUAGCAAAGAACUUUGUAUAGAGAAAGAAAAUUACAGAAAGUUGCAUUUAAUGCUUGAGGAAAAAAGGCAAUCAGAACGUGAAACACUUGGUGAACAAUAUCGUAAAACAUUAAAUGAAUAUGAGAAAAAGAUAGAAGAUUAUCAGAGGUCUAAUAAGGAGCUGACAGACCAAAAGUACAAGUAUGAAUCAUUAAUUAGAGAUUUAAAAACAAAGUUAACAAAUCUUGAGGAGGAAAAGCGAGUAACAACUAAAGAUCUUCAAUAUAUUCGACGACAAAAUACAGCCCUAGAUUCUGAGAGACAUGAAAGAGAUAAAACAUUGAAUCACCUUCGAACAAGAGUUGCAGUUUUAGAACAAGAACUAAAAGAUAAAGACCAAGUUGUCAAAAGAACAAAUGAGUUGAAUGAAACAUCUGCUGAACAAAAGCGUCGAUUGGAAAUUGAUUUAGAAGAAAAAUCGAAUGCAGUUUUGCAGCUUGAUGCCACAAUACAAUCUGUAUCCAAAGAAGUUAUGAAGGGUAAUGAAAUUAUACAGAAGUUACAAACUGAAUUAAAAGCAACAAAAUCUAGAAUGAAAAUGAUCAAUGUUGUAAUGACAAAACAAGAAAGACUAAUAGAAGAAAAGGAUAUAAUAGUUUCACAAAAAGAAAAAGAACUUAAAGAUUUUGACCUUCAACUUUGUGCUGUAAAAGAAGAGAAUAAAGUGAUGAAAAAAAAAUUUGAAGAAACAAAUCAAAAACUUAAUGAGAGCCAAGAAGAACUAAAAAACAAUGAAAAUGUUAUCAAUUGGUUAAAUCGUCAACUGAAUGAACACACAAUAAACAAGCUAUCUUCUACCCAUAAUGCAACUUUAGUUUCAAGUAAUAGAAUGACCAAUCAAGAAAGAGCAUCUAGUCCAAGUACAUUUCAAUCUGGUCAGUAUAUACAACCUUAUAACACUAAUAUACAAUCAUACAAUCAGAUCCAUUAUCGACCUAUUUUGAAAAAGCCUCAAUUUCAAUCUGAUGGAAUAAGUCCUAUAGUUCCACAAGUUCAAUUUCCACAAGUUCAAACUUUACGACAAAAACAAAUGUCAACUCCUGUUGUUAAUGAAGAAGUUAUUGAUCCUAAAUAUUUGAUGCGUAAAAGGCCGGAAGAACUUAAAGAAAAUCACGAUCCCUCGACAGAGACUAAAAGAAAUAGCCCUAAACCUUUACUUGUGACCACGUCAAAUGGUGUUUGAUGCUUUUGUUUAAAAAUUGCAUUUGAUGCUGAAAAAUGAAAAAUUCGAGUUGUAAAUGGUGAAAAGAACAUCGUUUUCAUGACAGUUAAAUAAUGCGUUGAAUCUAAAUAACUCUUCGUUUUAAGAUAUUGUGCGACGUCCUGUUUAAUCGAGACAUUUUAUCAUUCAACAAGAUAUCAAUUCAACAGUGAACGAUUUAAAAAAAAAAAAAAAAAAAAAUCUGGAAUAAUUUA